CCGGAGAAAACCUAGGAGCAGGGGAGCCCAGCCAAAAGCACAAAGCCAUUGGCGACUGCGAUCGUCACUCGAAAGCGGCUCGCCGUGUGCCGUCCCCGGCGGCCCACUCCAAAGCCCCCCAAUCUUGUCGCUUUUUGCGCGCCGUCGCCCAUCUAUCGUGUCCGCCAUCCCAAUCGCCUCCGGCAAAAACCCUCCGUUUCCGCCGCGUCCCCCUCGCUGUCCCGGCUCACCGGACACCGGUCGAGUGUUGGUGCUCGCUCUCGCGGCUCCCCUCUUUCCUGAGCCUGGAAGGGCCGAUGCAGGCCGCGCCCGGGAGCGUCUCUUGGGCCGCCUCGCAGCCGUCCGUCCUCGGCCGGUGCGGCGGCGGUGCACCGUCCGCUUCACUCAAGUGGAGAGCUGGCGGCGUCGGAGGAGGGGAAUGCAGGGUCCGGGGCCGGGACGUCGUCGUGCCGCGCUCCUGCGCGCGCGCGCAGGAGAAGCGCCUGCCGCGGGUGCGGAAAUCCAAGGAGGAGAGGAGGGAGAUGGUGGAGUCCUUCAUCAAAAGCUACCGAGUUUCAAAUGAAGGAAAAUUCCCAUCAAUUAAUCUGACACAUAAGGAAGUUGGAGGAUCAUAUUAUAUAGUUCGUGAAAUCAUGAGGGAUAUCAUCCAAGAGAAUAGAGUCCUUGGUCCUGGUGGAUUGGAUGCUAUGACACUUAGUUUUGAAGAUUGCGCUGAUUCUUCAAAGUCAUCCAUGAAGCUUGAACUGGGUCAAGACAGUAUAGAGAUCUUAGAUAUGUCUGGUAGUGAAGUCAGUAAGAGUCAUGUACCUGAAAUAUCCAGCACUGAUGAAUCGUUUCCAUUGCAAGGUAAUGCCAUCAGCAAUCAUAGACUGCUGGGUUCAUCUAAUAUCUUAGAGGUUGGUGUUCUGAAUAGUGUGGUCCAAAAUGGAAGUGUGGCAGAUGCAAUAUUCAUGGAAACAAACCUUGCGAAACAAGAUGAAGUUCCAUCUAGAGGGUCCAUUGAGUUUGACUUGAAUACUUCUGAAGAGCAAGCUCGCUUAUUUGCUCAGGUCUCUGAUUCAGAUGAAGAAGUAACACUAAACAAUCAGGCGGAUGCACAGGACGGGACGACCAAUAGUGGCACUGAUAGAGUUAUUCUUCCCUUAGAAUCUUUCGCUGUUUAUGAAAACAAUGCUUCACUUCUAAGAGAUCAUGAGACAUUGCCUGAUGAUAAUCAUGAUGGAUCAACUGAUAGGGUUGCGGAUGACGCAAGUCUCCUUGCGGCGACCAAUGGUGUUCAAGCAAAGCAAGCUUCUUUACAUGAGCAUGAUGCAUCAACUAGAAGUGUAUUGAUUGACAAUGCUCAGAGCUUAGAUGGUCAGUUUAGUACUACUGUGUCUACUGAUCCUAUAAAUGGUUUUAAAUUGGAGACUGAAAUUGCAACCAAGACAGUUGAAACAUCUCAAGUACACAGGCUGCAAGAUGAGUUUGAGCAACCAUUAGUUGAUGCUAGCUAUGAUGGGCAAGAAAACUCUGAUAGCCCAGUUUCUCAUCCAGCAUUAGAUACAAAGGGGCUGUUGCACACAGAAGAUCAGCUCAAUGUGGUACAGGUAGAUGAAACUGAAUUCAAGAACUCAACAUCUGGGAUCACAAAGGAAGAGGUCCAUGCAGCCGAUUUCAGGCAUGAACAAGGAAUUAACACCACAAUGGCGAUCAGCAGGCAUGCACUUUGCCUCCUAACUUUGCGUUCCAUGCUUACUGUUUAUAAUUUCCUUCACUUGUCACAAAAGGCAGCAGUAUAUUAGGAGAACUUUAAAAGCUCAGCAGAAGAAAGAUGACAACCUAUUCUGGCUUGUCCUUAGGGCAUUUGUUGUUGCUAUAUCGAAAAUUUGGGCAAAAUGAACAGUGCAGAAAGGCACCUUACGUGGAACUGAAGAUCGAGUGUGAUACCUUUCCUACUGGAAAACGAGAAACCGGUCCAUGAAGUUCCAUUUAUCCCAUGCGAAUAUAGAUAUGCUCUGCAGUUUAGGUUAUUUUUUGGAGACAGUUGGUCUACUUUGUAGUCGCUUCCCACUGUAGAUGUAACAUUCAGUCAUCUUGUUCUGGUGUCAUCUGUGAAAUAUCUGCUACAAUGGAUGUCAUGUGUCUUUUGGUAAAAGGAGGAGGAUCUCUUUCACAGCGUGUUUGGUUUGAGGAAUGAUAUAGUCUAUCAUCUUUUCACUUUUCA